UGCGGCGGGCGUCUCUUUUGAUUUUUUUCCUUCACCGUCACCGUCCCCGUCCCAAAAAAAAGGCUGCUGUCAGAUUUUCUAAUAUCAGGCCAUCACUCUCUGCGUAUGUUAUCGACCAAACUGAAAGUACUUUAGCGAGCCAAACAGCAUAAGUAUCUUUUUUGGAAGGGGUAGUGAGUUGGAAUUUGCAAAAACAGUCUCUUCUUACCUCUCCCUCUAUAUUAGGAUUUAUACUCUUCAAACGUCGCGAUGGGGAGAGCCAAAAAAGGCCCGAAAUUUGCAAAAAUGAAGAAGAUGAUUACCUCUAGAGCAAUUAAACAACAUAAAGAAGAAGUCUUGGAUCCAAAGAAAAAAGAUUUGUCCCUCGAAAAGCUCCCGAGAAAUGUUCCACAGGUUUCUUCAGCUCUCUUCUUCUCAUACAACACAGCAUUGGGGCCGCCAUACAGGGUUUUGGUGGAUACCAACUUCAUCAAUUUCUCUAUUCAGAAUAAAUUGGAUUUAGAGAAGGCGAUGCUGGACUGCUUGUAUGCGAAAUGCACACCUUGUAUCACAGACUGUGUGAUGGCAGAACUUGAGAAGUUAGGUCAGAAGUACCGUGUGGCUUUAAGGAUUGCUAAGGAUCCACGUUUUGAGAGACUACCCUGUGUUCACAAGGGAACUUAUGCUGAUGAUUGUAUUGUUGAAAGGGUUACCAAGCAUAAAUGCUAUAUUGUUGCUACAUGUGAUCGAGAUUUAAAGCGGAGGAUCCGCAAGAUCCCUGGUGUGCCCAUCAUGUACAUUACUCAACACAAAUACUCAAUUGAGCGGUUGCCUGAAGCAACAGUAGGUGGAGGUAGGUCCCCGUGACUCAUGUUUAGUAUCAUGACUGACUUGUGUCUUCUGCUGCAGCUCCAAGGUAUUGAUAAGUUUCCAGAAUGGGAGAACAGAGGAUUUUGCCUGAGGAUGUUGAAUGUUAUUUACCCCACCUUCUAGAGAUGUAAUUGAUGUCGUUUACCAUGCGGUGACACUCUUGGGUGUAGUUGUUUCCUCCCUCCAAAUGAGGGUUGCAAUUUUGUUUCUUUUCUGUGAUGAGAGGAAAUACUCCCCGCUAUGCAACUGAUUUUAGCCUUUUCACUCUCUGUUUCAUUGCCCUAUAUCAUGCUUACAGUCUGAAUCCUGUAUUGGUGUUUAACCCUUCUGAAGCUUAGCUGUGUUCCUGAAUUUGGUGA